AUGAUUGUGUUAUUAAUAAUUCUCAUCAUCGUUAUAGCCAUCAUGGCUGUUGGCAUCUAUCAGAAAAAUACUAAUAGUAUAUGCAGAUCGAAGAAGAGGCUUGAUGGGAAAACAGUUCUUGUGACUGGUGGUACUUCUGGAAUGGGGCUCAGAAUAGCAAUGGACUUUGCUGAUAGAGGAGCGAGGGUGAUCAUCGCGUGUCCAUUCGUGGAAGAAGGGACGUGGGCUAGAGAAAAAAUAGUAAAAAAAACGGAAAACGAAAACGUCGUCUUCAAACUAUUAGAUCUUUCAUCAUGUAAGCUGGUUCGGAAAUUCGCUGAGGAAAUAAACCAAGAGGAAGAGAGACUGGACAUUUUAAUAAACAAUGCUGGCAUGGGAUCAAUGAAUGAAAGGUUGACUAAAGACGGAAUGAACUGCACCAUGCAAGUAAAUUACUACUGCCAGUUCAUGUUGACUUUAUUGUUGUUACCCUUGCUGAAGAAGACAGGAACAGAAUCAGAGCCCGCCAGGAUUGUUAACACAUCAUCAGUCUUACACAACUUUGGAACUACCGAUUUCGAAAUGAUGAAUGCUUUGAACUAUUGGUAUUUUUUACAAGUCUACGCUAACAGUAAACUUUGUAUCGCAAUAUUUACACGCGAAUUAGCUAAGAGAUUGAAAGGUUCGAACAUAUCUGUGAACGUGGUGGACCCGGGUGCUGUGGGGACGCCUAUAUUUCUCGAUUUAGGCAAAUAUUACGGUGCCAUAACAAUUUUCUUGUUUCUAUGUUUGUUCAAGACUCCAUGGCAAGGAGCUCAGACGGCUAUCCACGUGGCAUUAGACAAGAGAGCUGGCCAAGUGAGUGGAGAAUUUUUCAAGAACUGCAAACUAUCCCAAGCCAGUGCAAAUGCUCGCAGUGACUUAUUGGCUAAAGAACUCUGGAAACACACCCAGAAACUAAUACAUAUGAGUGAUGAGGAAAUAGAUAGUUGUUUACAUUCAUAA